GUGGUCACGUGACAUACGAUCCAGAAUGGCCUCCUUCGUGUUUUGACAUUACUUUUGUGUUUGUUUCAUUUUCGGUAGAAAUCGAGUAGAUCACACCGAAUUAGGAGGAAAAAUUGUAUAUUACUUUGCAUUGUUUUUAUUUAUUUUAUGUACGACAAUCAAGACGAAUAGUUAAUUGUUUCACGAGUUAGAUAGAACAUGAGCAUUUGGUUCUUUUAGGAAUAGCUGCUGCUAGCUAGCUGGCUGGCUGGCACAAUUGUUGUUUAGCCAGUUGAAAAUAAAGGAAACACAAUGGAAGAAUUGAGUGCCGACGAGAUCCGCAGACGGCGAUUAGCCCGACUGGCUGGAGGGCAGGGGUCCCAGCCCAGUACCCCUCUCAGUACCCCCCUGACGUCCCCACAGAGAGAAACUCCGCCUGGGCCCCUGCCUGGAACCUCAGGGGCACCUCCUCAGUCUCUGCCCCCAGCCGCCUCACACUCUCUGGGCCUCAGCGUCCACAGUGUCACCCCUGCAACCUCACCCAUGGGUGCCUCCGGCGUGGCGUACCGCAGCCAGAGCAGCGAGGGGGUGAGCUCUCUCUCCAGCUCCCCCUCCAACAGCCUGGAGACCCAGUCCCAGAGUCUGUCUCGCUCCCAGAGCAUGGACAUAGACACCGCCUGUGAAAAGAGCAUGUCCCAGGUGGAUGUGGACUCAGGUAUAGAGAACAUGGAGGUGGAGGACAGCGACCGCAGGGACAAGAGGAACCUGGCUGAGAAGGAGUCCCCGGCCAGUUCAGAUGUGUCUGAGGAGCAGGCCCUGCAGCUGAUCUGUAAGAUAAUGCGUGUCUCCUGGACGGAGCAGGACAGAGACGUUAUCUACCUGCCCUCCCUCGCUGCCGACUUCCAGCACAGCCACAACCACGUCUUCUCCGACUUCAAAGACCUGAUUGGCCAGAUCCUGAUGGAGGUGCUCAUGAUGUCCACCCAAUCACGCGUCCACAACCCCUUCGCCAGCCUGACUGCCACGUCCCAGCCAAUCACAGCUGCCAAAUCCCCAGACCGGCGCCUGACCCUGGUCCAGCCCCCCAGCCAGGGCAGCAGCCCCCUGGCCCCCUGUGGGGGCUCCUUUGGAGCCAGCUCUCUGUCCAGCCUAUACGGGUGCAGCCCUCACCCCCUGUCUCUGAACACACCCCGGAUGACCUCUGCACCCCUCCCCACCCCCACCUCCACCCCCACCACCCCUUCCUCCCCCCUCCUCUUCCCCCCUCCGAGCCCCCCUGCCCUGCCCGCCCCCCCCAGACUCAGCCUCAACCCCCCGUCUGCCCCCCUGCCCAUCUCCCAGCGCUAUCGCCCCUACACGGUCACCUCCCCCUGGGGGGCCCCCACCCCCCCUAGCCCCAACCCCAGGGUGGCCGGCCUCCCCGGCCCGUCUCCCAACCCCGCUGGCCUCCCGGUGCCCCCCAACACCCCGGCCCCCCCCGACCCCCUCAGCUCCCCCAGGGCCCGGCCCCCUGCCUCCGUCCCCCUGCCUGGGGGGGCCCCCUCGCCCAGAGCGGCCCCCCGGAGAGCUGCCCGUGUCUCCAGGAUCCCCUCUAGCCCCUUCUCCCUCCGGUACUUCGCCCUGUCGGACCUGUCUCAGGACAGCAGUGAUGAAGAUCCUGAGGAGGAGGAGGACGAGUUUGCGCGGGUUCAGUUUGGGUCCAGCCUGGGGGCGUCUGGAGGGGGGAUGUCCAGUGAGUCGGCCGGUGAUCGGUUCACCAUCGAAGCGUGCAAGGAGACGGAGAUGCUCAACUACCUCAUCGAGCGCUUCGACAGUGUCGGCAUGGAGGAGCGGAAGGCCCCCAAGAUGUGCAGCCACCCCAGUGUGAGCCAGCUCCUCAGUAACAUCCGUUCUCAGUGCAUCUCCCACGCUGCUCUGGUGCUCCAGGGAGCACUCACCCAGCCCAGGAACCCCCUGCAGCCAUCCCUGCUAGUGCCCUACAUGCUGUGCCGGAACCUUCCGUACGGUUUCAUCCAGGAGCUGGUCCGCAUCACCCACCUGGAGGAGGAUGUGUUCAGACAGAUCUUCGUUCCCAUCCUCCAAGGCCUGGCCAUGGCAGCCAAGGAAUGCUCCUUCGACAGUGACAACUUCAAGUUCCCCCUCAUGGCAUUAGCAGAGAUUUGUGAAAUCAAGUUUGGAAAGACUCACCCCAUGUGCAAUUUGAUGAGCUGCCUGCCCCUGUGGUGCCCUCGGGCCCUGAGUCCAGGCUGUGGGAGGGAGGUUCAGAGGCUGUCCUACCUGGGGGCCUUCUUCAGCCUGUCUGUGUUCGCUGAGGACGACACCAAAGUGGGGGACAAGUACUUCUCAGGUCCAGCUAUCACCAUGGAGAACACGCGGGUCGUCAGCCAAUCACUGCAGCACUACCUGGAGUCUGCCAGAGGUGACCUGUUUAAAAUCCUUCACAACGUGCUGCUGAAUGGGGAGACCAGGGAGGCUGCUCUGAACUACAUGGCCGUUCUGGUGAAUCGCAACGUGAAGAAGGCCCAGAUGCAGACGGACGACAAGCUGGUGUCCACAGACGGCUUCAUGCUGAACUUCCUGUGGGUGCUGCAGCAGCUGAGCAUGAAGAUCAAGCUGGAGACGGUGGAUCCCUUCUACAUCUUCCACCCCCGCUGCCGCCUGGCCCUGAGUGCGGAGGAGACACGCCUCAAGGCCCCCAUGGAGGAGCUGAGGGCCUGGCUCACGGAGCUGCACGACGACCCCAGCCAGUUCUCGGAGCCCAAGUUUCCCACCGAGUGUUUCUUCCUGACGCUGCACGCGCACCACCUGUCCAUCCUGCCCGGCUGCAGGCGCUACAUACGCAGGCUGCGGGCCAUCCGGGAGCUCAACAGGACUGUGGAGGAGCUGAAGAACAGUGAGAGCCAGUGGAAGGACUCUCCUCUGGCCGGCCGACACAGAGAGAUGCUGAAGAGAUGCAAAACCCAGCUCAAGAAACUGGUGCGUGCGAAGGCGUGCGCUGACGCAGGCCUGCUGGAUGAGAACCUGCUCCGCAGAUGUCUUCAGUUCUACAGCAUGGUGAUCCAGCUGAUCCUGCGCACAGUGGACCCAGCCUUCCCCCACAUGACCUUACCACUGAACCCCGAGAUCCCUAAAAGCUUUGCUGCUCUUCCUGAGUUCUACAUCGAGGACGUGGCUGAGUUCCUGCUCUUCGUCGUGCAGUAUUCCCCGCAGGUCUUGUACGAGCCGUGCGUCCAGGACAUCGUCACCUUUCUGGUGGUGUUCAUCUGCAGCCAGAACUACAUCAGGAACCCCUACCUGAUCGCCAAGCUGGUGGAGGUGCUGUUUGUCACCAACCCAGCCGUGCAGCCCCGCACGCAGCGCUUCUCUGAGAUGAUGGAGAACCACCCGCUGUCCGUCAAGCAGCUAGUCCCCGCCCUCAUGAAGUUCUACACCGACGUGGAACACACUGGGGCCACCAGCGAGUUCUACGACAAGUUCACCAUCCGCUACCAUAUCAGUACCAUCUUCAAGAGCCUGUGGCAGAACAUAGGGCACCACGGAACCUUCCUCGAGGAGUUCAAUUCUGGGAAGCAGUUUGUGCGCUACAUCAACAUGCUGAUCAAUGACACCACCUUCCUAUUGGACGAGAGCCUGGAAUCACUAAAGCGCAUCCACGAGAUCCAGGAAGAGAUGAAGAACAGGGACCAAUGGGAGCAGCUGCCCAGGGAGCAGCAGACGAGCCGGCAGUCCCAGCUGACGCAGGAUGAGCGAGUGUCGCGCUCCUACCUGGCCCUCGCCACGGAGACAGUGGACAUGUUCCACAUCCUCACCAAGCAGGUCCAGAAGCCCUUCCUCAGGCCUGAGCUGGGUCCUCGCCUGGCGGCCAUGUUGAAUUUCAACCUCCAGCAGCUGUGCGGCCCCAAGUGUCGGGACCUGAAGGUGGAGAACCCGGAGAAGUACGGCUUUGAGCCCAAGAAGCUCCUGGACCAGCUCACUGACAUCUACCUGCAGCUGGACUGUGCCCGCUUCGCUAAGGCCAUCGCAGACGACCAGCGGUCGUACAGCCGAGAGCUCUUCGAGGAGGUGAUAUCUAAGAUGAAGAAGGCCGGUAUCAAGUCCACCAUCGCCAUUGAAAAAUUCAAGCUGCUAUCGGAGAAGGUGGAGGAGAUAGUCGCCAGGAACUCGCAGUCCGAAAUGGACUACAGCGAUGCGCCCGACGAGUUCAAAGACCCUCUCAUGGACACCCUGAUGACCGACCCAGUGAUCCUGCCAUCUGGGAACAUCAUGGAUCGCUCCAUCAUCCUGCGCCACCUGCUCAACUCUCCCACAGACCCCUUCAACAGGCAGCCUCUCACCGAGGGCAUGCUGGAGUCAGUCCCUGAGCUGAAGGAGAGGAUUCAGGCGUGGAUGAGGGAGAAGCAGGGAGGUCGUCACGCACUGUGACCCCUGACCCUUCACCCCACUGACCGCCAGUAAGGGAUGUUACCAACACGCCUGAAUUCAGAACCAUCAAGAACAGAAAAAUGGAAAACAAAGAAGAAGAAAAAAGAGAGAAACCUGAUUAGAUUUUUUUUUCUCUCCCCUUUAUCCUUUAUUCUUGGGCCUUCGGCUCUACGAUGAAACAUAAUAAAGUUACGACUUUGAAACGUUUUUCUCCCAGCCCCUCAUGACUUUUGUGUAUAUAUAUCUACAUAUAUACAUAUAUUUAACAGAGUUGGUGCACAAGAAGCUGAAAGGAUACGUUCUCACAGCUUACUGAUCCAGCAGCGAGUGUGCUCAAUCACUUCAUUGAUUAUGACUAUUGAUUAUGAUUAUUUUUCUCUGUUUUGUAUGAUUGUUUGUGGGCUUCUUUAAGGAAAUCCAGUUAUGUGGUGGGGGAGGGGGGGGGGCAUUUAACGAUUGGCAACUUAGGAAACUGACGGGGUUUAGUAGUAACAGAAAAGAAAAAAAAAAGAAAAAGCUGUUGAAAGUGAAGAGAUUUGUAGUCAUCCACAAAAUACUGUCGCUAAUUACCAUACAGUUUACAAACUCAUGACCAACUAGUGCUUGUAUGAUGACGAGGCUUGGAAAAUGAGAAAUAUGUAUUAAAAAAAUAUGUAGCUUAAAGUAAACUCGCUAGGUUGUCUUGUAAACAAAAAAAUGUCUGCUUUAUUUGGGUACAGUGGAAGUAGGGCAAAACAAGUUUACCAGUAUCUCUGUGGUCAUGUUGGUUUCGCCCUGUUGGCUUUGAUGAGUGAAUUAAACCUUUUUUGUGUGUGCGUGUGCAUGGCCUAAAGUACAGGACCGUCUAAGCGCCUCAUGAACUUAACACCUUCCUGUGGCGGCUCUGGAUGGUUAGGAGAGAAUGUACAAGUAUCUUUGUAGCAUGACCACCAGAAACACAGUAGGAGUACAAAACAAAACGACAGAAAAGAAAGGGAGGAAAUAAAGAAAAAAUGAUAGAACUGAAAGGUUUGUUCUUUAACCCUCUGACAUCUCCCUCUUUAGGAUGGUCUCUGAGAGAGCACAUUUCCCUAACCAGGUUUUUCACCUCAACUGUACAGGAAAACGUUUCCUUUCACACAUACUUGAUUUUGGAAGCCAGGUUUUUGAACUGAAAUAAACAUUGAUGCACACAU